ACGGAAACAAGCAUGGCGGAAGACUCAAAAUCUGAGAGAGUUUGUACGUUUACAUUCAAAAAGUCAAAUAGAAAAUUUAAUUCUAGGAAAAGGAAAACCAGCGAUGAUGAAGAAGAUAAAAGCAGUGAAGAGGAGGGAAAUGUAGCCAUUAAGAAGGGGAAGAAAACCAUCACAAAUCCUUUAAGACAAUCCACGAAAAAUAUUUCUCUUAAGUCUCACAGUGCUGCCAACUAUAGCAGUGAUAGUGAUGAAGCUGAGAGGGAUAAAGACAUUAUUGUGUCAUACAAAUCUAACAAGUCUGGGAAAAGAGCUGGCCCAGAUGACAUGGGAGCAACAGCUGUGUUAGAAAUUGAGACAGAACUGGACAAGGAUGCUCAGUCUAUCUUUGAACGUUCCCAGGCGUUAAACAAAGAGUUGAAAGGAAAGGAGGACGAUAAAAUCUACCGAGGUAUCAACAAUUAUGCCAAGUACAUAGAGAAACGGGAUACAGCUGCGGGAAAUGCAUCCAGCGGAAUGGUCAGAAAAGGCCCCAUCAGAGCCCCUGCCCAUCUCAGAGCAACUGUCAGAUGGGAUUAUCAACCAGACAUCUGUAAAGAUUAUAAAGAGACAGGAUUUUGUGGAUUUGGAGACAGCUGUAAGUUCCUUCAUGAUCGAUCUGAUUACAAACAUGGUUGGCAGUUAGAACGAGAGAUGGAUGAAGGCAGAUACGGGAAAAAUGACGAUGAGAACUAUGAAAUCAGCAGUGAUGAGGAGGAUCUGCCUUUUGCCUGUUUUCUUUGCAGAAAACCAUUUAAGGACCCAGUAGUCACAAAAUGCCAACAUUACUUCUGUGAAAAGUGUGCUCUAGAUCACUACAAGAAGUCAAAAAGGUGUUUCGUGUGCAAUCAACAGACAAACGGAAUAUUCAAUCCAGCUAAAGAAUUGAUGGCUAAGAUGGCACAUCGGUCAACCAAGUCGACAGAAAGUGGAGACGAGGCAGCUGGGGAGGGUGAAGAUGGGGACAGAUGUGACUCGGAGGAGAGAGAGGAUGGCUGAUAGGAUAACACUGGUGUAGGAGGACAGAGAGUGGAGACAAUGCUAAGCAGGGUGAAGGGGGCUGUAAAGAGAAGGUCAAGAUGGCUGACUAAUGCUGAUGGCAAACAGAUGGAAUUGUAAACAAUUAUGAAAUAAUAUGGUGUACGUUUUCAUCCCCUCUGCGAAAGUGUGAGACGAGGACCCAUAAAAAUGCUCUCUCUAUCACUGUGAAUAGUUUGGAACCAACCAAGUUCAUAUUUACACAAUUGAUCACCACUGCAUACACUGAGUAUGACUGUUUGUGGACAUUUUGAAUGUCCUGACCUGGAGGCCAAAUCUGAAGACAUAUUUAUGAAAUGUCAAUGUUAUAGAUCUCCACAGUAAAAUUCACACUUUUAAGGCUGGAAAUGUCAAUUCUCCAGAUCUGUAUAUACAUCUAUGUACGUGUAUACAAUUAGCUUGUCUAAAUUGGAAGACAGAUGUAUGAACUAUGUGUACUCCUGGUCAUCAUAUGAUUGAAAAAUUGUUCAGUAUGACGUAAAACCCUAUGCAUGCAUACAUACAUACUUGUAGCGAUGGUAAUACUUGGGCUACAUAUCUAUUCUCCCAGGUGGGUCCUUAGUGAUUCCUGAACCCUUGCCUGAUUGUUCCACUUUUUCCUGUAUGCUUUCAAAUUUAAGUUUUUCAUGGUAUUUUUUCAUUGAAAUGAACUUGUAUAUAUACAUAU